CUUUUAUACAUUGCUUAGAUAGAAUUAUUUUAACAUGUCAAAUAAUAACAGUAUCAUCAACGACGAAGAGGAUGAUUAUAUGUCUACUGCCAUCUUGGAACAGGCUGCAGAAAUGGACAAGAAGCUUCGAACGAAGACCUAUAGUGAACGACGACGCGAACAGCUAAGAGAACAACAGAAAAAGGCAUAUAUCAAACCUCGGAAACAGCUAGAACAAGAAGCAAGAGAACAAGGUCUACAGAAAAAAAUGACGGACGAUAACAAGGGUAUGAAAAUGAUGCUGAAAAUGGGAUUCAAACAAGGGUCAGCAUUAGGAAAAGAAAGUCAAGUAGGAAUUCACGAACCUCUUGGAGUGCAAUUGAAACAAGAUAGAAGCGGUUUAGGAAUGGACAGUUUAUUGAAACGGAAAAGAGAUGAACAAGCACAAGAAGAAUUAGAAAAACGAAAGAAACUUGAUAUGGAUCCUGAACAAUUCCGAGAAUUGAUGGCUACAAAGGCGAAAAAAGGCAAAAGGUCACGACAAAUCAACGCAGCUGCUCAUCUUUGUAAAGAAAGGGAUGAAAGUAAGGGAAUCAAUGCCAAUAUCCUCUGGGUUCUUAUACCCAAAAAAUCCGAAGAUCAAGAAGAAGAAGAAGAUCAAGACGAAUAUCAAGAAAACAAGGAGACAACAAAUGAAAAUGAUCAUGGAAUCUAUCCAGAUGAAGAGAUGGAAGAAUUGAAAUCCCUUCCGUUGGAUGAUCAAUUGACCAAAAUAGUGGAUUACUUACGAACACAACACAACUAUUGUUUCUGGUGCGCAGCGCAAUAUGAAAAUGAAAAUGAUUUGGAUACCCAUUGCCCUGGUUUAACUGAAGAAGAACAUUGAACAUCUCCUUCCCUAGUUAUAGUCUUUACACUUGUACAUAUUUUUUAAUAUACCAUUGUAUAUAUAUAUAUAUAUUUAUGAAUAAACUUUAUAGUAUGCAG